AUGCAUGUUUGUAUAACAGGUCCUACGUCAGAUAUCUUUGUUUCUGACGAAAAGACAAUUCUGAUUGUUGGAUCAUCUGGAUCAGGCAAAACAACUCUAGUUGACGGCUUGCUGAACUACAUCUCCGGUGUCAAUUUUGAAGACAAAUUUCGGUUUUCUAUGAUUGAAUUAGAAGAAAUGAGAAAAAAGGAGGUGAUCAGCCUUCCUGAUAUUGAAAUCGAGACCAUGAAAAGGCUGUGUAAACAGGCUUUGUCACAAACAGAAUGGAUUACCGUUUAUACAAUUGGCCCAUUAGAAGGAGGUCGAGUUCCUUUUCGAUUAAAUAUCAUUGACACUCCAGGCUUCGGAGAUACUAGAGGAAUAGAGCAAGAUAAUAAGAUUAUGGAGCACAUUCGUGAGUUAUUUUUAGCAAAAGCUCCUUGUGGUGUAGAUACGAUUGAUGCAGUCUGUUUUAUAGUAAAAGCUCCUGAUGCACGUCUUACUCCAAUUCAAACCUACAUAUUUUCCUCGAUUCUGUCAAUAUUUGAACAUGAUAUCGGACCAAAUAUUUGCGCACUUAUCACAUUUGCAGAUGGGAAAGACCCCAUAGUUUUACAGUCUUUAAGAAAAGCAGAUGUACCUUUUGGGGGUUGGUUUCCCUUCAACAAUUCAGCCUUGUUCGCUGAAAAUUUGAAUCUUGCUGAAUCGUCUUUUACUCCUAUGUUUUGGCAAAUGGGGAUGAGAAGUUUCGAUCGAUUUUUCGACCAUAUAAUCCACCUCAAGCCUAAAAGUUGGAAACUAACACAAGAUGUCCUGCAGAAGCGAAAAAAUUUACAAGAUCUUUUAUAUGAUAUCCAUCCUAAGAUAAAUGAAAGUCUUUUAAAAAUUGAUCAGUUAAAAAGAGAAGUUGACAUAUUCAAGGAAAACGAAGAAACUAUCAAGGCAAGUAAAAAUUUCAAAUACGAGGCCGAAGAAUCAACUAUUAUUACAGAAAGGUUACCUCCGGGGACACAUGUUACAAACUGCAUACAAUGUAAUACAACUUGUCAUUCAAACUGCGGUAUACCAGACGACGAUGAUAAGCGACGUUGCUGUGCAAUGGAUUCCAAUGGCUAUUGUACUAUUUGUUCUAAGAAAUGUUUAUGGAGUCGUCACAGAAACCAUCCAUACAAGUAUGUAGUAGUUGUAGAAAAAGUUCAAAAAAAUUAUGAAGAUGUAAAGAAAAAGUUUGAGAUGGCAUGUAAGAAAAAACUUACCGUAGAAGAAGUUAUUCAGAAACUAGGCAACGAAGUGGUGGAGCAAUUCGAACACACAAAUGAAAUGAUGAAAAGAAUGAAAGACAUUAAAAACAAGCUUCAGGAAAUUGUUUUAAGACCUGAUCCCCUUUCUGCUGUUGAUCAUAUCGAUCUUAUGAUUAGAGCAGAAGAAAUGGAGAAAAAGUACGGAUUUGAAAGACGAAUAGAAGUCCUCAAAAAGUUUAAGGAAUUUGCCUGUACAGAAGACAAAUUUGAUGAAUUACGUGCAAGCAUGCAAAGUUUUAAGGAUGAUAUAAAUAAAGUUGGAGAAAAAAAAAUCAUUCAUCGCAAAGUUAUUUCAGGUCGAGAUAAGUUUUCCAAGUUUACCGAAAAUGCCAAGUUUAUUUAA